AUGUGGGAUAGAGACGGACCAGGGCUCCCAAUACCCCCUCCGCCCCCUACUACCCCUGAGUUGAUUAACAACGGGAUUAUGGCUGCUGAAAGUCCCAUCUGGAGGAAGGUAAACACCUUCAGCGGCCCGGUUCCACGGUCGCGACACGGGCACCGUGCAGCCGCUAUCCGGGAGCUACUCAUAGUAUUCGGGGGAGGGAACGAGGGUAUCGCCGAGGAGCUGCAUGUUUACAAUACCGUUUCGAAGCAGUGGUUCCUGCCUGCAGUGCGAGGAGACAUCCCACCUGGGUGUGCAGCACAUGGCUUUGCCUGCGAAGGAACCAGGAUCCUGGUAUUCGGGGGGAUGGUUGAAUUUGGGAAAUACAGCAACAGUCUUUAUGAGUUACAGGCGAGCCGAUGGCUUUGGAAGAAGCUGAAACCCAAGCCCCCGAGGAACGGAGUGCCCCCCUGUCCUCGACUCGGUCACAGCUUCACACUCUUCGGCAACAAAUGCUACCUGUUUGGGGGCCUGGCGAACGACAGCGACGAUCCCAAUAGCAAUGUCCCUAGGUACCUGAAUGACUUUUACGAGCUGGAGCUGCAGGCAGUUUCAGGUGUAAAAGGCUGGAAUAUUCCUGAGACAAAGGGGACGGCUCCCUCCGCGCGGGAGUCUCACACAGCCAUCAUCUAUAGCAGCAAGGGCUCUUACUCCCCCAAGCUCUACAUCUUUGGGGGCAUGCGGGGGUACAGGCUGGGGGACCUCUGGCAGCUUGACCUAGGAACCAUGACGUGGACACUGCCGGAAACCAAAGGCCCAUCUCCUAUACCCAGGAGUCUCCACUCCACUAAUGUCAUUGGGAAUAAGAUGUACGUAUUUGGUGGCUGGAUUCCAAUAUUGAUGAAUGAAGACAAAUCAAAUGCCUUUGAUAAUGAGUGGUCCUGCACCAAUUCAAUGUCUUACCUGAACCUAGACACCAUGACGUGGAAUGGCCUGGUAUGGGAGAGGCAGGAGGAUGGGAAGGCGAGCAGCCCACGGCCCCGCGCUGGACACUGUGCCGCUGUCAUUGGCUCCCGCCUCUAUAUCUGGAGUGGGAGGGAUGGCUACAGGAAAGCCUGGAACUAUCAGGUGUGCUGUAAGGACCUCUGGUACCUGGAGACCGAGAAGCCUUCAACUCCAUCGCCAGUGUUUUUAGUAAAAGCUACCCUCAAGUCCCUUCACGUGGCCUGGCACCCACUCCCGGCAGCAGAGUCCUAUCUACUUCAACUGCAGCCUGAGCCCACAGCACCAGCUUCCCCUUCAGCCCUUUCCUCCAACCAGCUCUCAUCAGCCAAUCCACCUACCAUUGUGCCAUUAAAAGAACUGCAACAAGGAGCCGCAGCCACCUUGCUGGAACUAUCAGGCAGGUCUUUCUCUUCCUCGCUGUCCAUCCUACCACCUCUUUGUCUCUAUCUUCUACUUUCCCUUUCUUGCACUCCUCAUUUCUAUGAUUGUGUAUCCCUCCCAUGCUGCUAUAAAAAAAAGUUUCACAGUACCGCAGGAGCACAAGCAGCUCAGAGCACAGGCAGCACUGCCCUCUUUCAGCUGCAGUCAGGAGACGAGGCUGCACACACCCACCAGGUAACUUCCCAUGUGCCAUCAUAUAUCGAAAGGGAGGACACUUCACUGAAAAAGCCGGGAUGCAAUGAAUCAAGUACUGAGAAUAGUGUGGACCAAAAUGCAGCCUGUGUAGCUGAAAGUAAGCACUGUCCUUUAACAGGGCCACCUAGUACUACAGGCCUUGUUCUUGCAGAGCAGGACCCCACAGCAAACAUUGCCCCACACAAUCAAAUGACAGAGUCCACUGUUAAAUCAGAGCCCAUGGAAACCGAACUUAGUAAUGAUGCUGCACCGCUACCUCAGAAGUCUCAAGAUCAAGACAAUACUACACCAGCCACUUUGACAACUACCUCAGUAACUUCCACUAAGAGCAACAUUCAAAUGGGAAACACCGAACUGGCAGAUAACCAGUGGUAUGAUGUGGGGAUCUUUAAAACACUUUACUCUGAAGUGACGCACUAUUAUCUACCACCAGUGGACGGUAAAGGGAAUGUGGAGCCUACUAAUGCCCCUGAUUAUGAGGACCUGAAGCAGCAAGCUUUGACCCCCGGUGCUGCGUACCGCUUCAGGGUGGCUGGGAUAAACAGCUGCGGACAAGGCCAGUUUAGUCAAGUCAGUGAAUACAAGACCUGCCAGCCUGGCUUUCCUGGAGCACCAUCAUCUGUCAAAAUAACAAAGGCAGCAGAUUGCAUUCAUAUCACUUGGGAGCCUCCAACUUCGCCCUCUGGUAAAAUCCUGGAGUAUUCCAUGUACCUGGCAGUGCGGAAAAACCGUUCAAGCACAGCAGUGAGCUCCAGCCAGCUGGCCUUCAUUAGGAUUUACAGGGGCACUAAGAUCCACUGCACAGUGACCUCCUCCCAGCUGAGCAACGCGCUCAUCGAUUGCACAUCGAGACCCGCCGUGGUGUUCCGCAUCGCAGCCAAGAACGAGCAGGGCUACGGGCCGGCCACACAGAUCCGGUGGCUACAAGAUACAUUUAAACCCAGACCACCUCCAGUAGCAGCUCCACAGAGCACAGACAAGCAGCCACUUGAACUGCCAGACAGCACUGGAACCUUGAAGACCAAAACCGAGACAUGAAACAACACCACUUGUAUGCUGUAAAUUAUUUCGGAUACAGUACAGUUUUUUGUUUAUGUAAUAUAUACAAUAUAUAUAUAUUAAGCAACUUUGGAUCAGUAUUGUAUUUCAUUUUUUUAUUAAUUUUUUUUAUAUAUUAUAAAAAAAUACACAAGUGUAAACAAUAAUGCUAACAUGUAUUUAUAGCUGGAUCCUUUAGGAAAAAAGUUGUCAUUUUUGUAGAAGUGUAGAACUGCUGAGUAAUUCUGUGGGUUUUAGAAGCUGGUAUGUCUUGGUCGAGGUGGGUAGUCCCAGUAUAUACAGAGGGUCCAGGUUGCUGGAGGAUUAUUGUAUGUUUUUGUGAAUGUAAAUCAUUAUAAUUCUGCACAUUGCUGGAUGAAGUUAUCCUUCAGUGUCGAGGGAGGGAGGGUUUUUUUUUUUCUUAUCCCCAGGACCUGGCUUUCUGUAGUGAGGACUAGAAGAAAAAAAAAUCCAUUCGGUUUCUCAGUUUGUACUGUGCAGUCUGUCUUGUAAAAUGUGGCUUGUGUGUACAGUAUAAGCACUCACUGCUAUUAAUGCCAUGCACAAUAUAGGUUAGAACCAGGGGUUAAUUUCUAAACAAAAUGGUACCGGAUCUAAUAAUGAGGAAGAUGGAUACAAUGUAUUUUUGUUUCUAGACUUAAUGUAUUGUCCUUGAUUUUACAGUUGCUUCCACAUAUGUUUCAAGUUCUCAUCAGCUUGUGGAUCAGGGUUUUGUGCCUUAUUGUUGGUGUCAGUAGCUGCAUGCUGACCUUUGCCUAGUCAUGUUUUAACAUAACCUUCAGGUUAGAGCAAUACCAGUGGUAACUAAUGUGAUUAACAAGAGCGACAACGCUGCUGUUGUUCAGAACAAUAUUUUUUUGGGCGGUUGUAAUUAAUUUUCUUACUCCGAGAUGUCGCAUCAUAUCAUUACAGUACACUUUUGUCAUUCAAUCAUGGUGCAGGAAAGUUUUUUUUUAUGUUGCAUGUUAUGUAUAUACAGUUUUUCGGUUCAUCAUUUGCAAACUAUAUAAUUCUCGCCUGUCAGACAAAAAGGUAUCAGAUCUAGGAUCCUGUGUGAUCCGGCACAAAUUAACCCCUGGUUUGAACCACUCCUUGCCAUAAGUUUAGGCAAACUGUUGAUCAGUAAUGUUAAAGGAGGGAUAUUCUUUCUGGAGUGUCUGAAGUAGCUCAUCAUAAGUGCCAGGGCAGUGCACAGUGAUUGUCUACAUAUCCUCUGUUUUUAGUUUGCCACACAGAUGCAUAGUGAAGUUUAGGUCUGCUAACAGUCCAAUUCACUGCAGCACAUGUUGCAGUGCAACUUGGGAUGUUGUCAGGCUUCAUGGAUAAUGUCCUUAUCUGUUCAGUCCCCUGAAUGUUUAUCUUUUAUAACCCUGGUUAGUACAGCUAGAGGCAUAGGCUCCUUUCACGAAGGAGGGGAAUUAUGAGGAGUUGGUGGACUAAUGUCGCAGUCCGUUCCUUGACACAUUCAUUUGUUUUUAGUUAUUUUGUGCAAGAAGGACACUAAAGAGCAACAAUAUUUACUGUAUUUGUUAGAAAAGAACAAGUAUAAAAAAUACAGCCUAAAAAGACACAUCAAGCUGGUUUAAGACCAGCAAGAAAGGUAACGUUGCUUAUACCUCAAAUGUCUGUAGAAGCCAGUGUCCCAUGCUCACGUAUAAUUUCAUACUAAAAUAUUUCUUGAUACAUGUUUAUUAAAUUACUUAAUGCCUAGCAUUCCCUAAAGUAGUGUGAGGAUACAAACUGCCAAUAAAUAGGUGAACCAUAUAAACAACUAAGUCAGGUAGAGCCUUCAUAAAUUACUUUACAAUUCUGCUUGAACGUUUUGAAGUUAUAGAGUACAGUAAUGAAGGCACUAGCUGAAAUGUUUGUCUACUUCACUUACUUUCUUACACAUUUUUGCUUAGAAUGACUAUGAUUGAGCAUUUUGAAGUUAUGGAUAACUUAUGUACUACAAUGAAAAGUGCUGCAAUGUCAGUAUGAGCCAAAUAAACACUUCAUCAGUUAAGCAAGCGAAACAUGCAUUUUAAAAAGGGAAUAUUUGUUUUUUUUAUUGUGGUUUUUGUUCCACUGAUGACCUUUUUACUGAAAAUGCCUACAAUACUGACAUACACAGGGUUUUUAAUGUAAAAAGUAUUUAAGACACUAAAAGUAGGAGCAAAGCAUAUUCUCAAAAUAAAUAAAUAGGGUUUUUCCUUAUACAGAGUCAUCUGUUCUGUCUUGAUUGUGAUAUUAAUCCCCACUACUAAUCGGUGUACUGUGGACUUCUCUGAAACUGGUUUUGACGUCGGUCACUUUUUUUUUGUGAAAUUUAUCGGAUUGUAAUAAAACAAGAAAAAAACUUGCAGAAACUGACCAUUUGAUUAUUUGUCUGAGUAGUUUCUUGCCAGUUUUAUACUUUUAACCGUCAUUGUAUUGCUCAUUUAGCUUUACUUCCUUCAAAAUAGGACCGAAAAUAAUUACAUUUUAUGUUAUCAAAAAAACAAGAUCCCUUUGUAAAUCUAUUGUCCUUAACAUUUCUGCCGAUGUUGGUUAAUAACAGUGCUCUAAAUACAAGCUAAUAAUGAUUAAUUCUGUUAUGUGUACAGUGAUAUACUGGUGAUUUGUUUGUUUUAUUUGUCAGAGAAGGGUUACUGGGUUAAAACUAUUUCUGGCCAAGUUCGAAGUGUUUUCGUCUUUAAUUUGAUACAAGUCACUAAUUUCUGGAACUAGAAAAGAAAAAAAAAUCCUGUCUUUUUGUUAUACUGUAAUAGUAUAGUAGAUAUAUAUAUUUCAAUAUCCACUAUAUACUGUAUGUGAAGCGCUUUGUGAAACAGUGGUGCAUAAAUACUUUCUUCUUUUGGCAGUUUCAUCAUUUUUAUUUACACUCCUGCACUUGGUCAUGAAACAAAUGGUCAGAUAAACCAGUAAACACUGAAAUUGCUAACCACCAUCUACAACCCCUUUCACACUGGCAUGCUCUACCCAGGUCAGGACCCGGUGUCAUACGGGUCAACUAUGCAGUUUCACACAGCUUUAGGAUGACAGGCGCAAGUACACAAUGCGCGUAUCAGUGCCCUGGAAGCAGCUUGUUAAGGACGCUUCCAUCCAAGAUUCUCAGGAUUGAACCAUCGACCCAAAUGUUGAUUGCAGCAAAUGUUUCUUCAUCCAUGCUGCAAUCUGGCUCAUGGUGUUUCAAUCAGCAAAAGUAUGGCUAAGCAGAAAUGCUCCUUGCAGAAGUGAAACCUUCAUGCAGGUGUGGCUGUUUGUGGCUGUUUGUUAUUUCCUUGGCUUACUAUGGCCAUCAUGCAUUUUGUCUCGCUCAGCACAAGUCAAAGCGUGUCGCCCCACCGAGGUGGGUCGCUGCGACCUAGGUAUGUGGUUUCACAUUUACGCGGGAUUGUGACCCAGGUAGGAGUGCCAGUGUGAAAGGGGCUUACUUCUUUGUGUAACAAGACAUGUGGGUCGAGUAAGGAGCCAACUUUUCAGACGAACACCCCCUGCUGUUUGAAUUUUCUUAAUGUGGUAAAUGGCACAAUAUUAACUGGACUUCAUUGUAUCAAUUUAGGGAGCAUUGUUGUAAAUGCCAAACAAAAAGUAACUCAUUUAGCAUGACUAUUGUAAGCCAUUCUUCUUUCAGUGAACAGACUGUAAAUAAUGCAUCUGCUUUGUGAGUUGCAUGCAGUUUUA